AUGGACGAGAAGAAAGACACGAAGAAGAAGAGGGUCUCGUUUGCACCUGAGCCUCAAGUGACAUACAUAUACCCCGAGGAGGAGAACAAGGGUGGCAAAGGUGCUGAUUCGGGAAUGAUGAGCGAGGAUGAGAUUUCUGUGGAGCUGACUGUAGACCACCUUCGGACGGGGGAGCAGCAGAACGGUGCAAGGGAGAACUUCCUCAGCACGGGGCUUGAUGAUCUGAUGGAUGAAUGUGCGAGCAGCUGCAGCACCAAGGACGGGAUUGCCACGAAGGAGAAUGUUUGUAAUGAGGGGGGAAUGGAGAAAGGUUUCCUCGAGGAGGAGGGGAGCUGUACGCAGAUAGAGAUUCCCGGGGAAUAUGAAGAGGAGAAAGAUAUGAAGAGAGGGGACGGCAAGGAGGAUACUGUAUGGAGAGAAGAUGCCCUGAAAAACGAGGACGAGGUGUUUGAAGACACUCUAAUUAGCAACGAGACGGUUAAUGUGGAAGAGAUUAUAAACACCCAGGAUCUUAGGAAGAUUAUUCCGCAGGCCAAGAAAGAGGCUGUAAAUGUUUCUGAGCUGCUGGUUUCGAAGGGGAUCCGGUUUCUCGACAGCCUUGUGGUGUCGAACACAAGAAGAGACACGAUGUCGAAGUCUCUGAAUGAGGUGCACCCCAGGCAGGAGAAGUUUUACGAGAGCUUUCUAGAGCCGAGGACACGUUUUUUCCUUGAGUUCAGCUCUGAGCUUGAGGAGAGGAUGGCCCGGCAGGAAAAGAUAAACGGCGAGCUUGAGAGGGACUUCAGCAUUUCUGGGACUGUUUUUGAAAGAGAGGAUGCCUCCAGCCAGCUUAGGAGCCUGAAGACGGAGUGUAGGAUGAGGGCGAAGAUUGAGUGGUACGAGCUUAGGAAGGAGAAGGAGGUUGAAUUCAACAAGGAGGUGACUGACAGGAGAAACAGCCUUGCUAAGGAGUACAACAGCCUGUCUGAGAGGCUGAGAGAGGUCUCUGAACUUGCUGAGGAGAAGAGAGGCUGCAACGAGAAGAUGGAGGAGCACAUAAGUCGGAUAAAGAGCAGGGUUGGAGGGGACGGAGAGGGCAAGCACCAAAAGAUCUCUGAAUUGAAGGCGCUGAUAAAUGAACAGGAGGAUGCAAUUGAAAAUGCUAGGAAGGAAGUGAGAGAGCUUGAGGAGGAGAGAACAAGGAAGCAGGCUGAGAAGCGUAUGCUGAGGGAGGCGCUGGAGAAGAUUGAGGGCGAGGUCGAGGAGCUUGAGAAGACGCUGAAGGCCCAGAACGUAACUGAGGGGCAGCUGAAGGAGGCAAGGCAGGAGUUCCGAACGAUGUGUGCUGUCUUUGGGGUAGAGAUGUGUAGGGUUGAUGCUUCUGAGGUUAGGCUGAAGCUGCCGGGAUACAGACUCAGGAUAUGUUUGGAAGAAGGCUUUGUGAUAAGCUCUGUUGAGGGUGUCCCGCUCUGCGACAUGAAAGGGCCAGGGCUUCUGUACCACUACUUUGGAAGGUACUUUGGAGGAAUAGGGCUUGGCUUUUUUGAGGGCAUUAGAGGCAUUGCGUCUGUAUCAGCAGUGGCGUCUAGCAUACACAAAGAGGUAGAAGAAAUAAAGAGACACCACGAAGUUGAGUGCCAUCUCAAUGAGGAAGGGGUUCUUGUCAGGAUACUGGCGCUGGAUGUGGCGAGGUGCACCAAGCACGAGGUUGCUGUCAAUAUAAGAAACGGAUUUGAGUGCCUGGUUCAAUGCGAAGGCAAGAGCAAAGCAUAUGACCUUAGGAAGGACAUCGGCGUGGUGUCGAGGUCUGUCGAGGAAGCACUUGUAAAUCUCUGA